AUGUCUCGAGAUCUGGCAUCUCUGGAUGCGGACUCGCCUGCCGAUGGCCGUCCUGUACUGGCAGUAGUAUUGCCCAUAAUGCACUACAUCUAUCCGACGGCCAUCUUUUUGUAUUGGCUGCUUGCAACCUCGCUGGCUAUCUGCACCCUCCAAACCCAGCAUUCCGGUCCGGGCCUUGUGCCACGAAAGCCCAUUCAGAUCUUGACCGGCGCCGCCAUUCUGACCUACUUCUGCCAGCUUGGCGCACUACUCUACACUGCCUUUGUCGCCCACGGGAUCUUGGCGCCUCAAGACGCCAUUGUCGGCCUUCUCUCGUGUAUUCUGGUCUUUGGCGUUCAGCUCGCUGCUCUCACCAGGACCAAGAACCCCGUCUGGUAUCCCUACAUCGGCUCCUUCUCCUUGGGGCUGGUCUUUGAAUUGGCCCAAGAGAUUUUGCGGUGCGUCUACCAUAGCCGCCCGCUUGGCACUGUCGCCGAGGUGAUUGAUCUCGUCGCGGUGAUCAAUCGCUGCCUUUGCUUCUCACUGGUUCUUCUACUCUCCGUUGGAGCGAACCAUCUUUCCCGUACCCGAGGGAGGGAUGCUGAAGAGCAGCCACUCCUGCCAAAGGACGACCGCGUCCAUGGACACACGAGAGACGGCCAACAAGCCAGCCAAGACUCUGGGUACGGCUCGACUGGCGCCAACUCUAGCCAGGCAUCAUCAGACACCCCAGAAUCGCCAUGGGAGCGGCGCCAGCGAGAGGCAAAGGAGAAGCUCGACCAGCGCCUCAAGGAGCAAGGUAACUGGUUGAACUACCUCAAGAGCUUUCAGGAGCAGAUCUUCCUCCCGUACCUUUGGCCAGUCAACAACCGAAUUUUGCAGCUCAGGGCGGUACUGGUCGGUGUGUGCUUGCUUCUCAACAAUUUGCUUCAUGUCUUGAUUCCUCGACAGCUCGGUAUCGUUACCGAUAGCCUGGAUGAGCGGAGUUCUCAGAAUCCCUGGACCCAGGUCCUCAUUCUCAUCAUCCUAAAGCUCGCCGCCUCCGAGGCUGGUAUUCUUCUCUUGCAGCAAUGGCUCUGGGUCCCCGUCGAGUACUACUCGUUUGGCGCCAUCAGCACCGCGGCAUACUCUCACGUACUCAACCUGUCGUCGGACUUUCACGAUACCAAGAGCUCCUCGGAUGUCAUGAUGGCUAUUCAGUCUGGCCAAAACGUCUCCAAUCUGCUUGAAUCCAUUUGCUUCCAGGCCUUGCCCAUGCUGGUUGACCUCGGCAUCGCCUUUGUCUACCUGUCGGCCACCUUUGGGCCAUACGAAGGUCUCAUCACUCUAACGACGGCGAUAGUCUUUCUCUUUAUCGCGACCCGCAUGCUCGAGGGGCUCAAGGAGAGCCGAAAGAGCGAAGUUGCGGCGUAUUUCGAGGAGCACUACGUCCGCCAGGCCGGUAUCCAGGGGUGGUCCACAGUUGCAUCUUUCAACCAGAUUGGCUACGAGGAAAAUCGAUACUCUAACGCUGUCGGCACCAGAAUCGCCAGGUCGCAAGCCGUCUUGAUCGGCUACCUUUUGUCCUACGCAGCCCAGUGUCUGGUCCUGUUUUUGGGGCUCUUGGCCGGCGCUUUCUUAGCUGUCUAUCAAGUGUCGACUGGGCAGGCCACGCCCGGCCAAUUCAUCAUGCUCCUUACCUACUGGGCUCAGCUCGUGGCGCCCUUGAGCUUCUUUGCCCGACUGGGCAAGAACCUGUCCUCUAAUUUGAUCCAUGCGGAGAAGCUCCUCGAGAUUCUCACCACCAAACCAAGUAUUGUCAACAAGACGGGUGCAGAGCCUCUCCGUCUCGUUGCCGGACACGUAAAGUUCAGCAAUGUUCACUUCUCCUACGAUGACAAGAAGGCUAUUCUCAAAGACAUCGACUUUUCGGUCUCUCCCGGCACGACAGUCGCUCUCGUCGGACCAACCGGGGCUGGCAAAUCGACCAUCUUGAAGCUCCUAGAUCGGUUUUAUGACGUGACAGAGGGCUCUGUCGAGAUUGACGGCCAGGAUAUCCGAGAGGUCAACGUCAAUAGUCUUCGAUCCCACAUCGGUAUUGUGCCACAAGCACCCAUUCUUUUCGACGACACCAUCAUGAACAAUAUACGCUAUGCCAGGUUAUCAGCAUCCGAAGACGAGGUACACCGAGCAUGCGAGGCAGCUUGUAUUCAUGAGCAAAUAUUGGGUUUCACCGACGGCUACGACACGAGGAUAGGCGAGCGUGGAGUCAAGAUCUCUGGCGGCGAGCUACAGCGCAUGGCCAUAGCUCGAGCCAUUCUCAAGAAUCCCUCCAUCGUCUUGCUGGAUGAAGCCACUAGUGCUGUCGAUACCGAGACGGAGGAGAAGAUUCAGGACGGCCUGAAGGCCUUGUGCCGCGGUCGCACGACUUUUGUCGUAGCUCACCGCUUGUCCACCGUCAUCAAUGCCGACUGCAUCAUGGUAAUUGCAGGCGGUGAGCUCGUCGAGCAGGGAAGCCACGACGAACUGCUCCGCAGAGGCGGCCGAUAUGCCACUCUGUGGUCGAAACAAAUCCAGGCCAAGACCAAGCAAAACAGCGAAGACACUGACGGUGAUGGUAGCACUGGCUUAUCAGAUCUUCUCAUCGACGUGGCACCAGCGGCCGCAGAUGAGGAGCUGGCCAAGGGCUCCUAUCUGAAUCCCGACGCUCCAACUUUUACACCUCGGACGUAUGCUGCUGCGGGCACUCCAGCGACUAAAACGGGAGAUAGGGCCCAGAAGCGAGGACUUCUUCCCAGCUUCGAUGAGGCGCCUUGUCAAACCGAGAACGAGGUGACGCAGCUAGCCUCGCCUAUCGAGAAUGAAACACCCUGUCCUGAAGCGGAGCCAUCCAACGUUCCCGUCGAGGCGCAGAAGGUACAAAAAGACCAGAAAGAGAACCAGCCCACGGUCAAGGCUGAACCCGUGCAAGACGCCGAAGCGGCAACAAACAAGCGGGCGGCAGAGGCGUCUCGCACCGGCAGCAAAUCCAAGGGCAAGUCGGACAAGGUUAGAUGGAGACGCCCUCGGUAUUCUCGUCGCCUUCAGUCAAAGAGUGAGCCCUCGGCCAGCAGCGGCUCCUCGAACCAACCCGCUUAA